AGGCUGGCCGCUAGGCUAUCACGCAUAUCCUCUCUGCCCUCCUCUCAGCGCGCUGUACUUGUAAGUAGCAGGUGUUUAAAAACGGUGUUCAUUUCUUAGCCAGGCAGUACAGUAGCACCCUCCGUCGCUCUCUCUCUCUCUCUCUCACACACACACACACACACACACAAAACACUGCAAUGUCCGCCGCCAGCACCGAGACGAGCGCCCCGUUGCCCGCGGCCGCCAGCCGGGUGUUCUUCCAGCCGCUGGCCGGGGUAGGGUGCGUUGGGUCCGGACCAAUGCCGCGGGACGAUCCGGUCCAGAGGAAGCAGGGGAAAGUGACGGUGAAAUACGACAGGAAGGAGCUGCGGAAGAGAUUGAUCCUGGAGGAGUGGAUCAUUGAACAACUGAGCGAUCUGUACGACUGUGAGGAAGAGGAGAUGCCAGAGGUGGAGAUAGACAUCGAUGACCUGUUGGAAGUCAACAGCGAAGACGAGAGAGCUGUCAAACUACAGGAAUCUUUAAUGGACUGCUAUAAACCCACGGAGGUCUUUGUCAGUGAGUUGUUAGGGAGGAUAAGAGGAAUGAGGAAACUCACUGCUCCCACCAAGAAGGGUCUAUAAUGGACGUCAACUCAACCAGCUCUGGACAAGUAGAGACAAUUCAAACUCAUCUCAACCGCAUCUCCUGCAACUCGACUACAUGGACCGUCCCAUAGCUCAGUGACAUUAUCCCCCAUUAUCCCUUAAAGGAAAACUCCUCCCCGCAAAAAAAUAUAUGUUGGUGUUUGUUUCAUUGUUGAUACAGUCCCAAAAUGUUUUGCAUGUUAGCAAUCAAGUUUUCAAGAUGUAUAACUUUUUUUUAUUUUUUAUAUAUAUAUAUAGAAAUACAGCCGAUAGAAUCUAUCAUACCAGUUGUAUUUCUCUAUUUUUGCCCACUACACAGCUGAUUUAAAUAACCGACUCAUCAUCAAGCUUUGAUUAUUUAAAUCAGCGGUUUUAAUUCUAAAAACCUAAAGGUGCAACCUGGGUCCCAGGACCGUGUUUGGGAAACGCCCUGCUCUACUCAACUCUAUGGUGACUCCUGCUCUACUCAACUCUAUGGUGACCCCUGCUCUACUCAACUCUAUGGUGACCCCUGCUCUACUCAACUCUAUGGUGACCCCUGCUCUACUCCACAGACAUGACAACAAUACUCAGCAUUACACAACUGAACAGCCAUAACACAUCAUCACAACCAAAUCAUAACCACUACAUAACACAAUACAACACAACUCACUACAUAACACAAUACAUCAGGGGCGGACUGGCCAUCUGGCAUUUCGGGCAAAUGCAACAUGGGCUGGUCCAUUUUUAGCCCAGUGGGCCUGUCUAACUUAGUUUUUUUUUGUGCAAAAUGAUCAUUAUCUGGCUAAUAAUGGGGUAGCCUCAAGGAACAAAAUGGGCCGGUGUGUUAGACAUUUCUGGGCCGAUUUCUGGUCCCUGUCCGCCCCUGCAGCACAUGACAACCACAACACAACACAACUCAACACUUGAUAUCCACUUCCCCUCUCUCUCCUCCCAAUCCCCCACUGUACCCCAGCAGCCAUUAACUAACUAUAGACUUUUAAUAUAUUUCCAGAGGGGUUUUAAUUUUUAAAAAUAUUUUUUAUAUUAAACUGAACAAAAAUAUCAACGCAACAUGUAAAGAGUUGGUUCCAUACGAGGGCCUCCCGAGUGGCUCAGCGGUCAAACUACAGCCCCGGGUUCGAUCCCAGGCUGUGUCACAGCCGACCGUGACCGGGAGACCCAUGAGGCGGCGCACAAUUGGCCCAGCGUCGUCCGGGUUAGGCGAGGGUUUGGCCGGCCGGGAUUUCCUUGGCCCAUCGGGCUCUAGCCCGGCCUUGUUGCGGGCCGGCCGCCUGCGGGCUGACUUCGUUCACCAGCUGGACGGUGUUUCCUCCGACACGGUGCGGUUGGCUUCCGGGUUAAGCGAGCGGUGUGUCAAGAAGCAGUGCGGCUUGGCUGGGUUGUAUUUUGGAGGACGUAUGGCUUUCGACCUUCGCCUCUCCCAAGUGCGUAGGAGAGUUGCAGCGAUGGGACAAGACUGUAACUACCAAUUGGGGAGAAAAAAUAUAUAAAUACAAAGAAAAAAAAAAUGUUACAUAAGCUUCAAAAGCUUAUUUUAUUCUAAAAUGUUGUUCACAGAUUAGUUUACAUCCCUGUUAGUGAGCAUUUCUCGUUUCCAAGAUAAUCCAUCCACCUGACAGGUGUGGCAUAUCAAGAAGCUGAUUAAACAGCAUGAUCAUUACACAGGUGCACCUUGUGCUGGGGACAAUAAAAGGCCACUCAAAAAUGUGCAGUUUUGUUGCACAUCACAAUGCCACAGAUGUCUCGAGUUUUGAGGGAGCGUGCAAUUGGCGUACUGACUGCAGAAAUGUCCACCAGAGCUGUUGCCAGAGAAAUUAAUGUGCAUUUCUCUACCAUAAGCAGCCUUCAAUGCAGUUUUAGAGAAUUUGGCAGUAUGUCCAACCGGCCUCACAAACGUAGACCACGUGUAAGCACGCCAGCCCAGGACCUCUACAUCCUGCGGGAUCAUCUGAGACCAGUCCCCCAGACAGCUGAUGAAACUGUGGGUUUGCACAACCGAAGAUUUUCUGCACAAACUAUCAGAAACCGUCUCAGGGAAGCUCAUCUGCUCGUCGUCCUCACCAGGGUCUUGACCUGACUGCAGUUUGGCGUCGUAACCGACUUCAGUGGGCAAAUGCUCACCUUCAAUGGCCACUGGCACGCUAGAGAAGUGUGCUCUUCACGGAAUAAUCCCAGUUUCAACUGUACCGGGCAGAUGGCAGACAGCGUGUAUGGCGUCGUGUGGGUGAGCUGUUUGCUGAUGUCAACGUUGUGAACAGAGUGCCCCAUGGUGGCGGUGGGGUUACGGUAUGGGCAGGCAUAAGCUAGGUCAACGAACACAAUUAAAAUUUUAUCGGUGGAAAUUUGAAUGCACAGAGAUACCAUGACGAGAUCCUAAGGCCCGUUGUCGUUCCAUUCAUCCGCCGCCAUCACCUCAUGUUUCAGCAUGAUAAUGCACUGCCCCGUGUCGCAAGGAUCUGUACACAAUUCCUGGAAGCUGAAAAUGUCCCAGUUCUUCCAUGGCCUGCGUACUCACCAGACAUGUCACUCACUGAGCAUGUUUGGGAUGCUCUGGAUCGACGUGUACGACAGCGUGUUCCAGUUCCCGACAAUAUCCAGCAACUUCACACAGCCAUUGAAGAGGAGUGGGACAACAUUCCACAGCCUACAAUCAACAGCCUGAUCAACUCUAUGCGAAGGUGAUGUGUCGCGCUGCGUGAGGCAGAUGGUGAUCAGACCAGAUACUGACUGGAUCUGAGCCACAAGUCCUAUCUUUUUUUAAAGGUAUCUAUGACCAACAGCUACAUAUCUGUAUUACAAAAUUAGGGCCUAAUUUAUUUAUUUAAACUGACUGAAAUAUUUUAAUUUGUUGUGUUUAUAUUUUUGUUCAGUAUAUUUACAGUAUUUUUGUUCAGUAUAUUUACAGUAUUUUUGUUCAGUAUAUUUACAAUAUUACUUAGCUACAUCCCCAAUUGUUUUAAUCAGGAUUUAUUGACAGUUUAGGGAGCUGGAUUUAUUGACAUAGCUUAGGGAGCUGGAUUUUUUGACGUACUUUGGGGAGCUGGAUUUAUUGACAUCGUUUAGGGAGAUGGAUUUAUUAACAUAGUUUAGGGAGCUGGAUUUAUUGACAUCGUUUAGGGAGAUGGAUUUAUUGACAUCGUUUAGGGAGCUGGAUUUAUUGACAUAGCUUAGGGAGAUGGAUUUAUUGACAUCGUUUAGGGAGAUGGAUUUAUUGACAUAGCUUAGGGAGAUGGAUUUAUUGACAUCGUUUAGGGAGAUGGAUUUAUUGACAUAGCUUAGGGAGAUGGAUUUAUUGACAUAGCUUAGGGUGCUGGAUUUAUUGACAGUUUAGGGAGCUGGAUUAUUGACAUAGUUUAGGGAGCUGGAUUUACUGACCUAAUUUAGGGAGCUGGAUUUAUUGACAGUUUAGGGAGAUGGAUUUAUUGACGUACUUUGGGGAGCUGGAUUUAUUGACAUCGUUUAGGGAGAUGGAUUUAUUGACAGGUUAGGGAGAUGGAUUUAUUGACAUAGCUUAGGGAGCUUGAUUUAUUGAUAUAGCUUAGGGAGCUGGAUUUAUUGACAUAGCUUAGGGAGCUUGAUUUAUUGACAUAGCUUAGGGAGCUUGAUUUAUUGACAUAGCUUAGGGAGCUGGAUUUAUUGACAGUUUAGGGAGCUGGAUUUAUUGACAUAGUUUAGGGAGCUGGAUUUAUUGACAUAGUUUAGGGAGCUGGAUUUACUGACCUAAUUUAGGGAGCUGGAUUUAUUGACAGGUUAGGGAGAUGGAUUUAUUGACAUAGCUUAGGGAGCUUGAUUUAUUGAUAUAGCUUAGGGAGCUGGAUUUAUUGACAUAGCUUAGGGAGCUUGAUUUAUUGACAUAGCUUAGGGAGCUUGAUUUAUUGACAUAGCUUAGGGAGCUGGAUUUAUUGACAUAGCUUAGGGAACUUGAUUUAUUGACAGCUUAGGGAGCUGGAUUUAUUGACUUAGCUGAGGGAGCUGGAUUUAUUGACUUAGUUUAGGGAGCUGGAUUUAUUGACGUAAUUUAGGGAGCUUGAUUUAUUGACAUAGUUUAGGGAGCUGGAUUUAUUGACAUAUCUUAGGGAGCUUGAUUUAUUGACAUGGUUUUGGGAGCUGGAUUUAUUGACAUAGCUUAGGGAGCUUGAUUUAUUGACAUAGCUUAGGGAGCUGGAUUUAUUGACAGGUUAGGGAGCUUGAUUUAUUGACAUAACUUAGGGAGCUUGAUUUAUUGACAGUUUAGGGAGCUUGAUUUAUUGACAUAGUUUAGGGAGCUCGAUUUACUGACCUAAUUUAGGGAGCUGGAUUUAUUGACAGGUUAGGGAGAUGGAUUUAUUGACAGGUUAGGGAGCUGGAUUUAUUGACAUAGUUUAGGGAGCUGGAUUUAUUGACAUAGUUUAGGGAGCUGGAUUUAUUGACAUAGUUUAGGGAGCUGGAUUUAUUGACAUAGUUUAGGGAGAUGGAUUUAUUGACAUAACUUAGGGAGCUUGAUUUAUUGACAGUUUAGGGAGCUUGAUUUAUUGACAUAGUUUAGGGAGCUCGAUUUACUGACCUAAUUUAGGGAGCUGGAUUUAUUGACAGGUUAGGGAGAUGGAUUUAUUGACAGGUUAGGGAGCUGGAUUUAUUGACAUAGUUUAGGGAGCUGGAUUUAUUGACAUAGUUUAGGGAGCUGGAUUUAUUGACAUAGUUUAGGGAGCUGGAUUUAUUGACAUAGUUUAGGGAGAUGGAUUUAUUGACAUAGUUUUGGGAGCUUGAUUUAUUGACAUAGCUUAGGGAGCUGGAUUUAUUGACAUAGUUUUGGGAGCUUGAUUUAUUGACAUAGCUUAGGGAGCUGGAUUUAUUGACAAAGCUUAGGGAGCUUGAUUUAUUGACAUAGCUUAGGGAGCUUGAUUUAUUGACAUAGCUUAGGGAUUGGCGGUCUUGAGCUGGUCACGACACACAACGUCCGCUGUUAACUCCGCAGCCAUUUCCUGUUGACAGUUAAUUGUAAUUUCAUGUUGAUAGUCAAUGAUGUCACUUCCUGUUGAUAGUUAGUGACGUAACGACCUAACAUAGCUGAUUUUAAAUGUAUGUGGGCAAGCACAAAUACAACACUCUCAGAGCUCUGAAAUGACAUUUUAAAAUGCCUGGUUCACUCACCUCGGUACAGGGGUCGUAGGUCAUGUGAUGUCACACAUAUAGAAGAAGCAUCAUCUGUGUGACAGAAUAGAACCUGAGAAGAAGAGACCCCUCUUCCACGAGACGCUGAACCUUAGGCUCCGUUACAUCCUAUUAUUAAUAUAGGAAUACAUUGUUUUUUAUACUUUUUAUGUGAAAUAACCUCAGCUUUCUAUAGUGGAGGAUUUUAAUGUUAUUUAUUGUGGAUAUAUAUCCGCUUCUUCUGUAAUACCAACUAGACUCAGAACCCCUCAGUCCGCUCCGAUACAAUCGCUACGCUGUAGUAGGGAGGGGGCCACGGCCCAUUUCAGUUCAGAUGAUCCCUGAAGGGUCUGACUUGAAAUGGAAGUGGUCCCCGACCCUGCUCUGUGCUAGAACUACAGCUGCCAAAGACAAAAGCGUUGUUAGUGAACUUCCUCUAGUGAAGACUAAAGCAGGACUACGUUAGUGAACUUCCUCUAGUGAAGACUAAAGCAGGACUACGUUAGUGAACUUCCUCUAGUGAAGACUACGUUAGUGAACUUCCUCUAGUGAAGACUAAAGCAGGACUACGUUAGUGAACUUCCUCUAGUGAAGACUAAAGCAGGACUACGUUAGUGAACUUCCUCUAGUCAAGACUACGUUAGUGAACUUCCUCUAGUCAAGACUACGUUAGUGAACUUCCUCUAGUCAAGACAACGUUAGUGAACUUCCUCUAGUGAAGACUACGUUAGUGAACUUCCUCUAGUGAAGACUAAAGCAGGACUACGUUAUUUUUAUUGUUUUUAUUUCAUAGUUUCGCGACCCCCGUUUUCAAAUCAGGUGACCCCGCGCGGGGUCGCGACCCCAUAGUUUGAUAAAUGCUGCUGUAGACCUUUUAGUGUUGAAAACUUUGUGACGAUCACAUAAUAACUUCUUCAGAAAACCAGGACAUAGUAUGGUGCUGUUUUAAUUCAUCUUCUUCUCGUUCGGUUUGGUGAUAGGGUCUAGUGUCGAUUGAUGACAGGGCUUUGUGAGGUGUGAAGUCAGCCUGGAUUGGUACGGAUGUUUUAGGGCAUCUAAAUAGUCCCCCAAAAAAUAUCUCCUCUCCUCCAUCUUCACUGACGUGAAAAAGCUGGACAGGUGCGACCUAAGUAAAGCCAUUUUGUUUUCACUUAAAUCUGUGUUCCUCAGAUCAGUUCAGAUUAAGAUAAGGAGAGGAGACAAGGAGAUGAGGAGAGGAAGCCACAACAGACUAAGUAGAUGCACCCUUGGUUUCCUGGCGUUUUGUCUUUAGGAUGCCUGUUGGUUUCUCUCUUUCAGCAAACUGUUCGUUCAGGGCUAUAGACUGACGAUGUACAUUAUUUUGGUACUUCCAUGAUUACGUGAAGAAGUAUUUUGGUACUUCCAUGAUUACGUGAAGAAGUAUUUUGGUAGUCUGUGUCGGUCUGUUCGGAGAGCUUUCAGUGUUCAUGUUUUACUAGCUUGAUCCGGGACACAUUUUAUUGACCCAGAAUCUUAUUAUUUAACACUUCUUUAUUUUAUUUUUUAUAUAACUUAUUAUGAAGAUUAUACUACAGAAAUGUUGUUUUGUGUACCUUUACGCCAAGCGUCUUUGUUUUUAAACUGUAAUGUGCGGCGUUACAAUAAAGAGACAGUUUGACAUGACAA